AUGUCGACGUUACACAGUCAAACUGAUUGGACGAAGAUAAAACAAAAAAAUUUGGACUCAAAGUAUGAAAAGUGUAGAAAUAUUACAGAAGAGAUAUACAAACGUAUAAAUCUUACAUUUCCAGUGAAGAAAUUGGAGAAUCCACCUCAGAGUGAUCUGUCAGAAAGUGCAUCUAUUGACAGCAAUGACUUGAGUAAUGAAACUGACCUUUUUGCCUGUGAUAAAUCAUCUAUAUCAAGCAGUACUGAGUUGGAUGGAUUGGAGUUGGGUAGCAUUGCCUGUGAGAAGUAUAUUAACAUAAAUAACAAUGAAGAAAGAGUAAAGCAGACCUGGCAACCAAAAAGGCCAAAGAAAAGAUUCCGGAAACGAAUAAAGAAGCAACAAAAACAAUCAAAACAGUCAGAUGGUUCUAGUGAUGAGGGUCUACCACUUAGCCGAGUUGGGGAUAUAGAUGUUAGGCGAAGUACGUCACCUGAGAGACCUAAUGAUGUUAUGGGGGUGCCUAAUAUUGUCAUUAUCACCAGUGAUCUCAAAUAUAAAAUCAAAUCACCAACACCAGUCAAAGACAAGAAGAUAUCAAAACCAGAGAUAAUAGAAAGCAAAGAUUCAGACUCCUCUGAGAUAUCUAUAAAAGAUAAAAGAUUUUGCAAAAUUUGCAACUUGGUUUGUAGAGGGGAGAGAGGGCUUAGGCGUCAUCUUAAAAUGAGUCAUUUUGAAAAUCCACAUUUAACUGCAGAGCAACGGAAUUCACAAUAA